CUUCCCUCCCUAGUUUUUCAGUCCCUCUCUCCCCCUCAGUCUGGCAGGAGUCCACGGGCAGAGCAUGCGAUCAGUUCACAGGGAACAGCAGCAGGGAAGAUGCAGAAAUCAACUCAGAAGGAGCAUCUCUACAAACUCCUAGUAAUUGGGGACCUGGGAGUGGGUAAAACCAGCAUCAUCAAGCGCUAUGUCCACCAGAAUUUCUCCCCCCACUACAGGGCCACCAUUGGAGUGGACUUCGCCUUGAAGGUGCUCAACUGGGAUUCAGAGACCGUUGUACGGCUGCAGCUCUGGGAUAUUGCUGGUCAGGAAAGGUUUGGAAACAUGACAAGGGUCUAUUACAGAGAAGCCAUGGGUGCAUUUAUUGUCUUUGAUGUUACAAGACCAGCAACAUUUGAAGCAGUGACAAAAUGGAAAGAGGAUUUGGACUCUAAGUUGAUUCUCCCUAAUGGCAAACCUGUGUCAACAGUUCUCUUAGCAAACAAAUGCGACCAGGGAAGAGAUGUUCUUACGAACAACGGCAUCAAGAUGGAUCAGUUCUGCAAGGAUAAUGGGUUUGUGGGAUGGUUUGAAACAUCAGCUAAGGAAAACAUAAACAUCGAUGAAGCUUCCAGGUGCCUGGUGAAACACAUAAUUGCUAGUGAGAGUGAUUCAGUGCAACCCAUUGAACCGGAUAUUAUAAAACCACACUUGAAUUCUUCCAAGAUUGUCACUUGUUCAGCUUGCUUUAAAUCCUAAGGGACUUCCAGACUAUUCCCGGAUACUUGAGCUGAGCAAGUAACUCACAAGGAAUGUUUUCUCCAGCACAUCCAGAUUAUUCCUCUGCUCACUGAACACCCAUGAGCAAAUUGAGAUUUUCUCAAGUGUAUUUGAUAUUUAAAAGUAUCCAAUGAUUUUUUGACCCCUUGGCUUGAGUAUGAAUGCUCAUAUUCUUUAUGAGUACUUGAUAGUAACUACUGAAAUUGUCUCAGUUUGGUGUAAUUGGUCAGUUAGGUCGCAUAAGGCUGUUCCUGCUUUCUGAUGAAGUGUACAUCCACCUCUGUAAUGAAUAUUCUGGCUGUGAUUUAAAAUUUGGUUACUGCAAGUACUUACCCCAAGGCUUGGCAAUUUGCUUUCUAAGAACAUUUUUCAUUAAGUAGCUGCAUGAAUGUUCACUAAAAGCAAAUACAAAAGAUGACAGGAGCCAGUAUUUUUUCAGGUUUUGCCUGGCACUAUUGAGUAUAUAUUACAAAAGAUCACACUAACACAUGAAACAUCAUUUGUGGUAGUGCAGAGCAUUAAGGUAGCAGUCAACAGACCUGGAUUCUUUUACCAGCUUUGCCAAUGACCUCAUGUGUGACCCUGAGCAAGUUACUAAAAUUUAUGCACUUCUUUUACUCAUGCAACCCUUGACUUAUCAUAUCUUUUUUUAGACUGUAAGCUCUUUGGGAUGGGGGGAGAGGCUGUCUCCUACAAUGUGUUUAUUCAGUGCCUAACACAGUGGAGCACCAGCCUCGUUGGGUCUUCCAGACACUACUGUAAUAUAAAUAAUAAUUUCAGUGAAUGGCAAGACAGAUAUGAACAGAUGAUACAGAAAGAGGCUUUUGGGGAGUUCUUGUAUGGGGAGGAUCCUGUUCUUAAAAUCAAAGCAUCUCAUAGCUGAGUCUGCUACUAAACCGCUUGCACUUCAGAGCAGCAGAAUCAAGGACACUGUCUUAACUAAUCAAAGGCUGGUAUACACUGCUUGAAACACCAGGUUGUAAAUAUAUUUUUGUCACAGAGUUUCACAGUAAGAGACAAAACAGAAGUCAUUACUUUAAAACAAGCAGGCAAACAAAAUGUGCCAAUGACAAAAUGGGCUCGCUUAUCCAGCUGGAUGUGUUCAGAGAAAAGUGUUUUCAAACUUAGGGAACUCCUGAAUUUUAAUUUAACCUCUGACAGGCUUCCACUGUGCUCUGGGUCAAGUCACUUAACUUUACUGUUCCAGUUUCCACAUCUGUAACUCAGAGAUACUGGUAACUGUACUUGCCUACCUCACAGGGCUUUUUGCAGGUUGCUAGUUGUGUGCUGCUGCAAGAUUAAAAGCAUUGUACAAGUGUUAAGUACUACUAUUGCUCAGAUUGAAAUAGAAUGACCGAGAGCCCUACAGCAUGGAUACACGGCCCUCUGAUGUCUUAUAUUUUUAACAGAGAAAGGGCUAAUCUUCACUGUUAACUCAAGUUACUUCUCUUUGAGUGUUGCAUCACUGUGUGAUCACUCUCUAGGCAUGCUGAAUGAUCAGAUCAGCACCUGACAAAUUGUGCUAAUUCAAGCUGUAGCUGCACUCCCCCUGCUUUCAUUAGCGUGGAUGUCAGCAUAAAGGUUACAGCCCAUGCCUCCUGCCAGGCUAGCAAAAUCAAGCUUAACUCUAGCUGGGGAUCUGUGUGUGUGGACAGGAGCUGGGUUAAGGGUAACACUCAGGUUAGACCUUGAGCUAACACUACAAUCAGAACAACAUAUUAUCUCACUUUCCUAUAAGCUAACAUGUCUCCAACUCCUGUCAAACUGUGUUGUAACCUGGUCCCCAGGUUACUGAUGUCUUUUAACUGUCAUCAUAAAUAGAAUGUCUUCAGAUGUUUCCAAUCUGUGUUCAUUAAGCAGUCAGGUAAUUUCCUCCCACAAAUAACUGUUUGAGAGCUUUGCUUCACUAAAGACAUAGGCAAAAUAUUUGCUUGCUAAAAAGAAGCAAAAAUAAAACAUUGAAAAAAAAGUUAUUUUUCCUCCUCAGUGUACUACAUUAAUGUCCCAACCAUCCUGCUUUGGCUCUACUGUGGGAUCUUUGACCACAACCAAGGAUUCAGACCUGACUUUCCAUGUUGGACAAAUACAGCUCCAUAACCAGGGAUGAAUUUGGCUCUGACUGGAUUGCACAGGAUGUACUGAGGCUACGUUGCUUGAUCAUCACACUUAUUACUGCAUCAAUGCAGUGCAAUACUGCUUUCUUAACUUAUGUAAUAAAUUACGUAAUUCCAGAAAGCUUGC